AUGGUAACUGCAACACAUUGGAGAAGCGGGCUUGACAACUUGGUGUGCGAAGAAGUUAGGAGAGAAGUCUUUUCUCAUUACAGCAAUGAUACACCCGUGGAUGUGGCUGUGGUGCAUUUCACUCCACUGGUGCAACCAAAGAUACAGCAGCCGUUCGAGCUAGUAGAAAAAGUGGUUCGAAGUGUUUUCCAGUUUAGAAGAAAAUACUGUUUCCGUGGACUUGAGACCUUGUUUCCUGAAAGUGGACGUUUGAAAAGAACAGAACAGCUGAUGAUGACAGCAAAUGUUGAUCCAACUUUGCGUCCUUUCCAGCUCUCCAUGUCACAGUUUAGAAAUCUGUGCAAUACAUACAGGAAAAUGUGUGAUGAAGACCCAACUCUUUUUGCGUUCAACUACAGAGAAGAACUAAAGCAAAAGAAGAAGACAAGGAAUUUACUUAAAAGCACUAGUCAGCCUGAACAGACUGAAGAGGAAGAUCAGCUAUAACAGUUGUAAUUGCAGCAGACUGAUUUUUUUAUUAGUUUUAACUCCUUGAUCCAGAGGUGUUGAUUCAGUAAAAGGAGGCUUCUAUAUUCCUACAUCUGCACGAGUAUGAAAGAAAGAACUACCUUUGAGAAAGUAAAGAGAGAGGGCAGCUCUCUCUAUUCCAUUCCGCUGUAGACAAAAGGGAAAAGGCAGUCCAGAUUAUUUUUACUUCAGGGGAAUGGCUAGAACACAUACCAGGAAACAAGGUAUGUUGUGAGACAGGUAAUUAAGUUGUAAUAAUUCUGAAAUAAUUGAGCUUUGUAUGAAUGAAAGUGCAUUACUGAAAUGUAAGAAAAAUACUUUUCAUACUUCAGCAUGUAAUACGGUGUUUGGGUUUUUGUGCUUUUUUUUAUCCUGGAACAUCCUACUGUACAGAGUAAUCUAAAAAAUAGAGGCCAAGGCUUUUAUAAAUACGCUCAAGUGACUGGCUUAUGGGAGGAUAAAGUGCACCAAUUGCCUCAAGGUCUGCUAAUACUCUUCUCAUUUAUACCGAAGCAAAGAAUUUGGUAUUUAAAGCUCCAGCUAGAGAAAAGCAGCACAAUAAAAAGAAGAAAACAUGGCUAAGUACAAUACUUAUUUGUCUUUUACUGUACAGGCUGGUAGAGAAAAUAAAAAAUACAGUCAAAUAAAA